ACUACAACAACAACAACAACCGCAUGUUUGUUUACGAGAAUGUUAGUUCUUAAACCUCUUAGAAAAGUGCAUAAAUUUUGCUCCAACUUGUUUGAUCGUUUACCAGGAUGUACCAAAGAUCCUUGUUUUAGAGCUACUAAUGAGAACAUGUUAUCAGCAGCAACAGAAUCGGCAUUUUGGACAGCCUGUACAUGAAACCCAUCCCCACUUAAUGGGAAUGGAUGAGGUGACACCUGGAAUCACUCGAGCUGAAUACCAACAGCGACGUUUGAGACUGGCCACAAUGGUGCAGGAGGCAAAAACGCAACAGUCCAUCAAGCAUAGCAUUGUACUGAUACCUUCUGCAACGAAAGUGAUAAUGACGAACGAUAUCCCCUACACUUUCAGACAAAAUACUGACUUUUUGUACAUGUCGGGAUUUCAGGAACCAGAUAGCAUGCUAGUGAUACUGAUCUCAGACUGUGACUUUCAAGCGGUACUUUUUGUCCCGAAACAUGAUGCAGAUCGUGAGCUUUGGGAUGGACCAAGAUCAGGGGACAUUAAAGCUCUGCAUUUGACUGGUGUGUCUGAAUCAUACAACUCUGAUGAAUUGGAAAAAUUCCUGUAUAACUACUGUAAGAACCACAAAGAGUAUGCUGUCUGGUAUAAUACGAAUAAGCCAAUAAAAAGUCAACACAAUGCUCAUUCAAUUGUAGAUGAAUUUCUCAAACAGAAUAAUAAAACAAAGUUCGUGCAGAAUCCGCUGCCAUUAAUUGAACAAAUGAGGCUAAUCAAGUCUACAGCGGAGAUUAAGUUAAUGACUCAAACUACUCAGAUGGCGUCAAAAGCAUUUAUAGAGGUGAUGCGGGCUUCAAAACCAAAUGUCAAUGAAUCUUUCUUGUAUGCAAAGAUGGAUUAUGAGUGCAGGAUUCGGGGUGCUGAAUUUCUUGCUUAUCCGCCAGUUGUUGCUGGUGGUGACAGAGCCAAUGUGAUUCACUACACGAGGAACAACUGCCUGAUCAAUGAUGGAGAGUUGGUGCUCAUGGAUGCAGGCUGUGAAUACCACGGCUAUACCUCGGACAUCACCCGUACUUGGCCAGUCUCAGGAAAGUUCACGAAGGCCCAGCGACUGUUGUACGAGUGUGUGCUGGAGGUCCAGGAAGCGUUACUGGGACUGUGCACGCCUCAGUACAGCCUGGCGGACCUGUACAAGCACAUGUUUGACCUGCUUACCCCCAGACUCCUCCUCAUGAACGUCAUACCCUCUGAGGUGUCGAAAGACGAACACAUGCUCACCAAGCUUUUACGAGAGUUGUGUCCUCAUGACGUUGGUCACUACCUAGGAAUGGAUGUCCAUGACACAGCCUCUAUCAGCAAAAGGAUAAAGUUGCAGCCUGGGAUGGUUGUCACUAUUGAACCAGGUCUGUAUGUGAAGAGCAGUAAUACAGUGGUUCCUGCGCAGUUUCGAGGUAUAGGCAUACGCAUUGAGGACAAUGUUCUCAUCACAGACGGAGGGCCUGUCGUACUGACCAGAGACUGCCCCAAGCAUCCCGAUCACAUAGAAACGUUGAUGGCAUCUUCGUAGUGUGUUGACAUUGUGAUAUAUAAAUAGCUUUAAAAUUUUUAAUUAAAAGAGACUUACCGUGAAGUUGAAGUUUAAUUGUAAUUUUAUGAGAUAAAUAGUAGAAGGAGGGAGUUAACUGAGAUAGUACAUCCGCUACACAUGCGCAUCAGUAUUCAAAGAGUUCUCAAAUCUUUCUUGAACACAGAGUAUAUAAACUGCAUUGAAUCAAAUAUUCCACAUAUUUACCGUGAAGUUAAAGCUGGGUGGGAGGGUGGCAGUUAACUCCCUCCUUCUAUUUAACUCAUAAAAUUACAAUUAAACUUCAACUUUACGGUAAGUCUCGUUUAAUUAAAAUUUUUAUUUUGUUAAUUAGAACAAAUACGGUAGUUAACUGAGACUUCAAAGCUCCAAGAAAGAUAUGAGAACAUUACCUGUUAUGACCCAAGAACAGUCAUUGCAAAGCCAUCUUUGGUCUGAAUAGACUUCUUGUAAAACUUAGCAAAGGUCUCUGCAUUUGACCAUCCUGCAGUUUGUAAAAUUUCUUGAAUUGGAACACACUUCAUAUUUGCUUUGGAUGUGGCCGCAGAACGAACACUGUGAGGUCCAUAAACCUUUACAUCCAUCCCUGAUCUUAUCAUCACAGUUUUUAUCCAUCUGGCGACAGUGUCCCAUGUAACUGCCUGAUGGGGUUUUACAUAACUUAUCAGUAAUUUUGCAUUAUUGUUGUCUCGAAUAUGUCUAGUUCUUGCUAGGUAUUCUUUUAAGGCAAACUAUAUACACAAACGCCUAUCUGGCAGGAAAGCUUUAAAAGAUAAGCUUGAAUAUGUACAACCAGGUCUGCUUUGCUUAAGGAGACCUCCAAUUUGAACAAUGAACUCGGACUUCAUCUUCUGAACAUUUGUAACUAGUAACUUAUGUACAGUAUCAACACGUGCUGCAUUGGUAAGAGCCAUUAACAUUACAAUUUUCAAAUCAAGUCCUUUAAUGAUAUGUUCUUAACUGGACUCAAUGUACGCAAAUAUGACAAAACAACAUUUACAUCCCAAAUAGAUGAAUUCUUGAUUUUGGUGGUCUUAUAUUGAAAACACCCUUCAGAAACCUGACCACCAAUGGGUGAGAACCAGCUGUAUGUGACUCAAACGAGAUUCCCAAGGAGGAUUAACAGCUCCUAGCCACAUUGAUUGAACUGUAACUGUGUCCCUUUUCAUAUAAGUCUGUCAGAUACUCUAUGACAUUGUUUAAAGAAGGAGAAAUUUCACUGAUUUGCCAUUUCUUACAGAAAGAUAACCAUUUUGAUAUGUAUUAUUUGUAUUCGUUUUUGGUUGAUUGACGCCAAGAAGCUGGUAGCUUUUGGUGAAAGUCCUCGGUUUCUGAAUGAAUUCCCGAUACAAGACAGGCAACCAUAGCCAUCUUUCUCCACAGUGGAUGUUCUAGACCUGUGUGUGGCAUUGUUAUAACAGUUUCUGCUUUCGGCAGAAUGCGUGGUUGGUCCACAAGAAUGCUCAAUAGUCCUGGGAACCACGUCUCUGUCGGUUACAAUGGCACAAUUAUGACUGCCCGUGCGUUGUCCCUCUGGAUCUUUCCAAUGCAGCGACUGAUCAGACUGAAAGGGGGAAAAAUGUAACAUUUUGAAAAUUCACCCCAAUCAAAAGAAAACGCAUCAACAUAUUGUGCAUUGGGAUCAGGCUUAAAUGAACAAUACUUGUCCAACUUGUGAUUUAAUCUUGAUGCAAUCAAAUGUAUUGUAGGUUUACCCCACACUGUGCAAAUGUUCUGAAAAACUUGAUUACUCAAUUCCCAUUAUAAUUAAAUUCUCGUGACGGCCUAUCAGCUUUAUUCGAUUUCCCUGGUAUAUGUGCUAUGGAUAACCAUAUUCCGUGAAGGAUACAAAAAUUCCAUAUAUCUUUUGCAACAAUAUCGCAUGCAAAGGACUUGCAUCCACCAAUAUUUGUUACGUAACACACUGCAGUUGAUGAAUCGGACAGUAUUUUAACAUGCAAAUGUUGAAUACUGUUUUUCAGCGUCUUGAGAGAAAAACGGAUGGCCCUUAGUUCCAAAACAUUAAUAUGAGAAUUCAAUUCCUCUCUUGACCAUCGACCACCACCUGUUUGAUUAUGAAAACUAUAUCCCCAACCUUGAGUGCUAGAAUCAGUCUGAAUAACAACGUCAGGGUUACCUUUAUCUAUCUUUCUGCAUUCAGACAUAAUAUGCGUUUCCCACCAUUUGAGAUCUAGUUUCAUGCAAGAAUUAUAUGCAUAUUAGCGUCAUAGUCGCCUUUACUUCUUUUUAGUGACUUAUUUUUUUCUCUCUCAAGGUUACGAUAAUGCAACUUCCCAUAUUCAGUGCCAGAAAAAGAGGAAACCAUGAACCAAUCACUUUAGCAACCUCUCAAAUUAAUGUUGAACUCAGUUUUAACAAUUUUGUACAUUCUGCUUUUAUAAAAUCUUUUUUGUCCUCUGGCAAAUACACAAUCAUUCUCUCCGAAUCAAUAACAUGACCCAAAAAGGUUAUAAUUUUUUAAGGUAUCAUUACAGAUUUCUGGUGGUUUAUCAUAAAACCUAGCUUUGUCAUUAAUUCGACAGUAUCUUUUAUGUUAUCUAAGCAUUGCUGUUUUGUUUUCCCUGCAAGCAAACUAUUACCUAUAAACCCAGAUUUCCUGCAUUACGUAGAGUGGCAUACACUGGUUUCAUAAUUUUUGCAAAACACAGAGGUCCGUGUGAAAUUCCAUUCGGACAACCACGAAAUUGAUGUGUUGUUUCUCCAUUGAAACCUCAAAUAUAACUGAUCAGCCAUUAAAAUUGAAUAAUAUGCAUGAUGUAUGUCUAUGGAUGAGAAUCUGAGAAAUAUUGGGGAAAAACAAGCCUUAUUACUCUGGAGUUUUUGUAUUUCUGCAUCAAUCAUCAAAGAUUCCUGAUCAUUAAAUUUCCUAUUUUGCAAAUAAGGUCGACAUGGUUUGAGAUUGUCUACAAAUUCAAUAUGACAAUUUUCUAUUAUAUCCAAUACUUUUUUAUCUGAUGUUAUGUUUUGCCAUUCUAAAACAAAAUUGGCUAAUCGACCAGCUAUUUUUUUUUCACUUCUUUUAAGUUCUGUAUUUGACCCCUCCUCUCCGAGGCAGGUUUUUUGGAUCCUGUCCAUACUUUAAUGGCCCUUGUGAAGGGUAGGCGUAAGCCAAAGGACUCUGUCCAAAUCCUCUCAUUUGCCUGUAGCCUCUAUUCCGGCCUCGUAAUCCAGGUCUACCCCUGUACAUGUAAUUGCCUCGUCCAUACUGUCCAGACAUUUUAAAACCGAUCUUAGCCGAGUCCUCGAUCUCUCUAGCUGUUUUAAAAAUGUCAUCACCAAAAAGCUCCUUUGUAACUGGAAGGGAGUGUGUACACAAAUGAGAAUACUCUCGUUUAAGUUCUGGGUGCAACAUAUCUCGCCUCAUCAUAUUCACCUGGUAGUUUGCAUGCCCCAUGAGAGCCAACACAUCAUUGCAACUGUCAAAAAUUUGUUUUACCCUUUCUGUUUCCGACUUUCCUGUUCAUUGGCCACUAACAUGGUCUUAGUUUUUGUCAAAAAUAUGCCUGCCUUCACUAAAGAUGUUGCAAUUUGUUGCAUUUUCUUGUCAUUGCUCCUAGUCUGUAGAGACAUGACAUCCCACACUAGUUUAGGCCCUAUUCAUUUUGGCAACCAUCAAGCCAUCACAAUUGCCUGGACGUGGGCAAUUCUCAUCCUUUACUGUUUUUUCAUACAGUUCCUCGUGCAUUCCUUUUCUGAAUAAAUCAGUGACGUUAUUUGCCAAAUAUUCGUCAAUGUCGUUACCACAGACAUCAGUUGGUUUAAAUUUCUUUGCCAAACUGGCGAAUUUACUGGACUUUUCACUUUCUUCCGACUCUAAACUUCAUUUACGAGACGGCCCGCCUCGUCAAAAUUGUCAAUUUCUUCGUUGUCAAAAUAAUCACCACUGUCGUACUCGUAACUGCAAUUUUCAGUAGCCUCUAUUCUAUUUAUGAGAGUCGUUUGGGACUGCUGAAUGUUUUUCAAACACUCCAUAAUAAUGUUAUUAUUUAGAUCAUUGUUUGUGUUAGACGUUGUGUUAGACGGUGUGUCCAACACAGUCGAUGUUUUCUUAGCCGGAGCUUUCCCCUUAGAAACUUUUCUCUCCGGUUCUCCGCGCGGUUCUCCACGAGAAAUGCCAUUCAUGGUAUCGUCGGCCAUAUUGGCAACAACCAAUUUUUGCACCACGUGCAAACUAAUUUUGGGGUUUCCGCGGCGCAACUACGUCGUCACCUUCCAAUAAUAUCAAUAAAUGUCUUAUAAAUUAUUAUUUUCAAAAAACACAACGAAUUAUUACAAAUUACGUCGACAAAUUACACGAUUUUAUCAAACCACGUUUGAUAGCAGUUUACUUUGCGAAUAGCGGAAGCACACUGAUGCGCAUGCGUAGCGGAUGUACUAUCUCAGUUAACUACCGUAUUCGUUCUAAUUAACGAAAUAAAAUUAUAUGGUGAAUAAUACAUUUAACAUAUCUGCUUUAAUAAUAAACUAUUGAUAUAAA